CGCAAGAAUAACGCAUAAAUAUCGCAUAAAUAUCGCAGAUAUCGCUUCUCCGCGCCGUGACCUCCGCCUUUUCUCUCUUUUCUCUCCAACCACCUUCUCUCCUCCAUUCCUGGAUGUAUCAGCUUCGCAGGCUUCUUUCUGCUUCACCUGUCUCUACUCGCUUGCCUUUGCUUCGUACAACCGCAAUUUCAGCUCGCAUGACUACGUCGGCCGCACCCUCGACUCGCAAGGCGACCCCCAAGCCCUCGCCCGUGUACGCAAAGACUGAGCUAGAUGUCUGGACGCUCAUGAACCAAGUCUCCGCGUCCGUAGGCGCCGUGAACCUCGGUCAGGGCUACAUGAGCUUCCCGCCCAAGGAUUUUAUCAAGCGUGCUGCGCAAGAAGCUCUGAACGAGAACACACACAACCAGUAUGCACCACCACGCGGGCGGCCUGGCCUGCUCGAGCAGCUGGGCAGCCGGUUCACUGAUCGAUUUGGGCGCUCUAUUGAUCCGAGCAAAGAGGUGAGCGUGCACGCUGGUGCGAACGAGGCGCUGCUGUCAGUGUUUACCGCAUUCCUGGAGCACGGUAAAGACCAGGAGGUUAUUCUGAUGGAACCCGCGUUCGACCAAUACACGCCCAACGUUAUCAUGGCGGGAGGCAAGCCCGUGUACGUGCCGCUGCGGGUGAUGUCCGAUAAGGACCCGCGCGAGAGCGUGAUUUCAAGCGACGACUGGAAGCUCGACCUGGCCGAGUUCGAGGCAGCAAUUACCGAUAAGACGCGGAUCGUGGUGCUCAAUACCCCGCACAACCCCGUCGGCAAGGUGUUUUCGCGCGAGGAGCUGGCACAGAUUGGUGCUAUCGCCGAGAAGCACAACCUGCUGAUUGUCGCUGAUGAGGUGUACGAGCAUCUGACGUACGGUGUCGAGCACGUCUCUAUUGCGACCCUACCUGGCAUGUGGGAGCGCACCGUCACUGUGGGAUCUGCCGGCAAGCUGUUUGGCGUCACUGGCUGGCGCGUCGGAUGGGCUGUGGGACCCGAGGAGUUUAUAAGCGCGACAUUGUCAGCACACACCCGGAUCGUGUUCACCAGCAACACACCGCUGCAGGAGGGUGUUGCGUCGGCGUUCCGUCAGUCGCCGGAGCAUGACUUCUUCGAAGUGCAGCGCAAGGAGUACGAGGCGCGCCGGAACCGGUUGAUGGGGGUAUUUGAUGAUAUUGGCCUGCCCUAUGUGGUGCCGAAGGGUGCCUACUACCUGCUGGUCAAUGCUGCCAAGCUCAAGAUCCCCGACGACUUUGAGUUCCCUGACUUUAUCAUCGAGCGCGGCGAGAACUUCAAGCUUGUGUACUUCUUCAUCAAGUACUUUGGUGUCUCGGGGAUCCCGCCCACCGAGUUCUACUCUGCCCCACACAAGGAGCUCGCAAAUGACUAUGUGCGCUUUGCAUUCUGCAAAACCGAUGAGGGCCUUGAGGAGGCUGCUGUGUGUCUGCAGAAGAUCAAGAAAUAUCUGGAGGAGACCUCCGGCUGAGUAGCAGAUGCCUGGAAAGCUCUAGACCACUACAUGUCCAAUGUAUUUACUUUCUGCAUUUUGUAUCUAGCGGCAGAAGAUGCUAGCUGGCAGUGUGGCAUGUUGACUCAUCAUCGGUAAUGUAUUUGCGAAACUUGUUGACAAAAAAGGUUGUACGCAGUUCAGGCGUGAGGCACCAAGGCAAUAAAAAAUAUAGAUCUGAGCAGCGC